GAAAAACUUCUGUCAGCCGCAGAAGAAGAGAUCGCCGGCAUCUCGUCAGCAGCACGCCACCGCCUCAGGAGAAGAGAAGGGGCUUCGACUUCGCUCCGGGAAACCUGCCACCGCCGUGCUGCUCUCCAAUCUAGUUUGAAUUCGCCCGAAUUCCUUUCUGGAAUAAUUUCACUCCCUUCUUUUGUGUUUUCCUUUUUUCCUCUCCUUCCGUCAGCGGCUCCUCUAUUUCCCGGCGGAAGUGAGUUCCUCCCUCUCCUUGCAAGUUUUUGGAGAGCUGGUUACCGGAGAGGGAGGGGCAACGCGGUGCUGCCAACACCAGAGUUUUCAAUAACUGCGGCAACGGAAGAAAAAAAAAUAAGCGGCGAGCAAGAAGGGAGACCCUUCUCUUUCUCUGCACUUUAAUAAUUCGGCGGCGUCCAGAUUGUGGUGACGUUUCCAGUCGUGCAUACGACAGUUCUCUUCCGCCUCUUUCCCCUCCUUUUAGCGCGGACGAAAGCCCGGGGGACAAGCGAGUGCACGUACAUAUAUAUAUAUAAAAAGAACGACGCCCAAGUAUGUCAACGUCGUACCACAAUCAGCAGAGUCACCAGCACCACCACCAGCCGUUUGGCCAACAGGCCGCCGAAGACUUUUGUGCCGCUGCGGAGUUUCCGUCUUACGUGGGUGAGGACCUGGCGUUCCAGUGCGUGGCGUCCACGUCGUCGAUUACUGCGACUUCGGCGUCGUCGAGCUUCGAGAGGUCGGCGUCGAUGCGACUUGAGGACGGAGGACGAGAUAGUUGCUCCCCUGCGUCCUUGUCAUCGAGUGAAGUGCAACGCCCUGCUUGCGAGUUCGCCGCUCGUGGACCCUUGCCGCCGGGAAUACCAUACACGGCCUGUCUCGCAGGCGGCGUCCCUCCGGAUACCGGCGGCGGCGGGUUCUGCUACGACUACAGCAGUGGCAGUGGCGGGGUCCCGGUGGGGGGCCAGCAUCCCGGUGGAGGGGCCCCGUUUACGGGACCCUACAAGGUGCAGCGCCGCGCGGCUAACAUCCGGGAGCGGAAGCGCAUGAUGAGCAUCAACACGGCGUUCGAGGAGCUCCGCUGCCACGUGCCCACGUUCCCGUUCGAGAAACGCCUCUCCAAGAUCGACACCCUGAGGCUGGCCAUUGCCUACAUCGCGCUCCUCAAGGAGGUACUCGUCUCGCAGUACGACCCCCUGACACACAUCGAGAAAUGCCUCAAGGGGGAGCUCAAAGGGGAACACGCCGCAGAGUGGAAUACUUCUGAUCUGACGGCCCGCCUAUCCUGGAUCAAUUGGGAGAACCUGGGCGUGAACCCGAACCGGCGAAGCGUGCUGACCACGCUUACUUUGACUGCAGACACCAUCGGCUGUCAUAACGGAACCCAGUAACUACAGUGCCAUCUUGCGGUUUAGCCGCCGUGUGUCUGCCUCCCCGCGCCACGCACCCCAUUGUUCGAGACACAAGGGUCUUCUUCUUCGCUGUACAUAAACGUCAUGCUGUGGAAAUACGCGAAAGAUAUAUAACGUGAAUUGACAACGCGAUUGACUGAGCGCUUGCACAGUGUGAUGCGAUACGGUCGCCACGAACGAUUUCACCGUGUGGCCGCCGUAAAAUGAACCAUGUUUCGGAAUCAUGCUUAUGGGCACGCUGACGUUCCGCAGACGCUUCUGCGCCGUGCCCUUGCGCGCGCAGUUUGUGACCGCUGUGGUCAUGUGAUUUCACUGUACGGUUUCGCGCACAUUAAUGAUCUGUGGUCGUUGGAAAGGCUGUGUUAGAACGAUGGUAUUGAACGAGUCUUCGAAAUAUUGUAGCUUCCAUUUGUUUCCAGGUUCAUGUGACGACAGAUGUGUACGCAAAUGGAAGUGCGCUGGAUUUACAUCUGUGUAUUUUUUGUCCUGGUUCUGUUUGUUACGCGUAAUUGGCGCAAUGCGUUUGUUAUGCCGUCAUUUCCUUUCCCUUGUUUUUCCUGGUCUGUGGUAAAUUAUUCUUUUACGUUCUGUGCAUCGGGUUCCGAAGCUGACAAUGUGGAUACGAAUGACGUUGAAUGGGUCGCCUGGAGGUAGGGGGCCAUGAGUGGAUAGUUGGUCCGAAGCAUGCCACGUGAUCCAUUACUAUCACGAACCAUGGCAGUAGUCCUUCACAUUCAUCUUUGCCAAUCGUCCCUCUUUUGAAUGAUUGUGUGCUUUGGGAAAGGACGCCUACGCUUCAAUCAGUCACGCAGUUUCUUUUUUGUCUUAAGUUGUUUGUACAGUGGUGCACCUUCUAUACAUGUCUGUAGAAACGAAGCAAGGUUGACUGGGAUACAAUUUAUUGCAGUGUGCGUGGAGGUGAUAAAAAGCUGCGUUCGUACCGUUAGAGGGCGCACGAAACGACGGAAAUGCGGAAUAUCUUAACCACCACCUCGGUUCUUAUCUACGUUGCAGUAAAUGCGCGUAGAAACCGUGGUAGGAGCCUGAAUCUUCUGUUUCCUUGUUUCUGCUUUGACAACAUAUUCGCCUUCCCAAAAUUAUCGCAACGCGACUAAUAAUCACGAUACUUACACUAAGCCUGAUGAUGUUUCAGUUAUUUUUCGAGAUAGAAAGCUUCAUAAUCUCUUCUCUCAACUUCGAAGCGUCCCAGGUAAGCAAGAUGCAGUUCAUAUCGGGGUAUAUAAUGCUAUGAUGCAUUACACACUACGUUUAAACCUCAACACAUACCAAGCAGAAUUGGCCAUGAAGAUUUCUCGGGCAAGGAACACACAGCCAUAUAAGUAAAUAACUUUCGAGGCUUUUUCAUGCUGUACACAGUGUAUAGCUUGCUGUUGUCUUUGUGAUCAUAAUACUGUUGACAUUCCCACUUUGUCCUCUUGGUAUCCUCUUAUACAAUCAAAGCGUGUUCUUGUAAUGUACAUAUUUACUUCCUACCGCAUUGUGUCCUGUAUAGUUUUGAGAUGACUUCUAAUUUUAGUUGUUAAUUUUUGAGUGCGUGAUAUUAGUUAUAUUUAUUGAUAUUAUUUAUUAACAAAUGAGACGAAGCAACCAUCCUCACGAGAUGAACCAGGACGCGAAUCUGACGCGUUGUCCUUGAGACGAGCGCCCGAACGCAGUUUUCCGUUUAUUUAUUAAUUUUUCAGAUCUGCACCCGACCACGUAUGAAGUCUUUAUACUUUUUAUCAGCUUGUUUUCAGACGCCUUCAUUGUUGAGUGCAAUUUGUUAAGAAAAUGACAAAUUAAAACCAACAUUUUUGUUGAA